AUGGCCAAGGUCAAGGAUCUCAUCUUUCUCGGCACCGGCACCUCCGGAUCGCUGCCCAAUAUCUACUGCCUGACGGCACCCGUGCCUGAAUGCGAGGUGUGCUUGUCGGCUGUCGGCCGCACACCCAAAGACCCGCCGCUCGCCGACCCAUCGACCCCGGCGCUCCUUCCGUCGUCGGUUGCCUUUACUUCGAAGAACCGGAGACGCAACACCAGUGCGAUCGUGCGCUACAUGCAUUCCGACGGCAUGAUGAGAACCGUUGUGAUUGACUGCGGCAAGACCUUCUACGAUUCAGCUUUGGAAUUUUUCGUCUACCACAAGCUGCGCCGGAUCGAUGCCGUUAUUCUGACACACGGGCACGCCGAUGCCUAUCUGGGUAUGGAUGAUCUGCGUCAGUGGACCCUCGGCGGCGCUCAAGCCUCGGUGCAAGACUCGAUUCCGGUCUACCUGACCUCAGAAACCAUGAAAGCCGUGCAGGGGGCAUUCCCGUAUCUGGUGAAUCGCAACGCCGCCACAGGUGGCGGCCAGGUGUCCUCGCUCGAUUUCCAUAUCAUCGAUCCCAACCAGCCGUUCAUGAUCGAGGAGCUGCAAGUCACGCCGAUUCCAGUUCACCACGGCAGAGCCGGAUCCGAGCCCUACUACUCGCUUGGCUACCGAUUCGAGAACCUGACGUACAUCUCGGACACCAACUACAUUCCGCCAGAGUCGAUGCAGUUGAUCAUGGGAACCAAGGUGCUUGUACUGGAUGCACUCAGCGAAUUCGAGCACGCCUCGCACUUUUCAAUCAACCAGGCCAUCACCGCCGCUUUGCAGAUUGUGCCUGAGCAGCUCUUCCUGACCGACUUUGCCCAUCGGGUCGACCACGAUCGGCUCAACAGGCGACUGGAGAGCCACGAGGGUCUCUUGGCAGCCGGCAUCAGGGCCGAAGCCGCAUUCGACGGCCUCAAGGUCGUAAUCAACGAGCACUGAGCUGGGCCGUGGAGUUGGACCGGCGAGAGUUGGCUGCCACAGCGACGCGAAGAGCCAGCCCGGCCGCAGGAACAUGGUGAUCGGACCCUUGCGCUUUCACAGAGAAGCGCUGCCGUGCAACAAUGCUGCCGAAUCCGGUUGUGUCGGUGACAUACACGUGAUUAUUGUGUCGCACCUACAUCGCAACACGGCGACCAGUGGCGCAGCGGCACUCUGGCUCAGCCAGCGCAGCAGAGAAAACAGGAAAGGGGGACAACGGCCAGCGACGCGGAACGAGCCGCGCGACAAGAGGCGGGUAUCCUGUGCGACGACAAGCGCGGCCUGGCAGCGGCCAUCGUCGCACAGCCCCCCGUUGGACUGGCCCACAGCACAGGUGACGCAGCACAGCGCCCUCACAUGC